CAGGGAAAGAGGGGUGAAGGGGGGUGGAGUGUGUGGAGACAGCCGCUGCGGUGCAUUGUCAGGCUGAGCGCACGCAGGAGAGGGAGACAGAGAGAGAAUCCCCCAUUUUAGCUCAACAAUAUUACAGCAGUGCAGCGAUAUCUACAACAAUGGCAGUCUGGCACUCUCAGCAUUGUGCUAUCGAUCCAAGCAGUGGAAACCCAACACAUGCACACGCUCUCUGAUUUUUAUUUUAUUUAAGUCAUUAUUUUGCAUGUAGUUCUCAGAUGAAAUUGAGGGGGGGGGGGAGAAAAACUGCAGAAAUUCUCACUGAACACGCUCAGUGGUGCAGGCACACUGACUUACUAACCGGAUCUCUUCUAAGACACCGCACUGGAGACGGAGAGCACGAGUGAGGGAGAGGGCGAUCGAGCAAGCGCAAGAGGAGGGGAGAGGAACAGAGGGAGCACAGCAGAGUAAAAAGAGGAAAAAACAGAGGAGGAGGACGAAGAAGAAGCAGAGAGAAGGAGAGAGUCGCAGGAGGAAGGAGGAGGAGAAUGCUCGGCGUCUGGGCAACACUUCCACGCUUGUGUCCAGGGCCUUUGUGAAUACACCAUGGGAUGCAUCGGCUCCAGGAGACUGACGGCAGAUGGGGUGCCAGUCCAGAAGGAUGGGGAGCAACAUGGACGUUCAGAGUUUUCAUGGGAAGGAAUCAAUCUGUCCAUGGAGGACACCACAUCAAUCCUGCCUCGGCUCAAGAGGAACUCAAAUGCCUAUGGCAUCGGGGCUUUGGCUAAGUCUUCUCUGUCAGGUGUGUCAGGAGUCACCCGCACCAUGAAGGAAAGAGUAACGAAGCCCACAGCGAUGGCCCAGGGCCGUGUUGCUCACAUGAUUGAAUGGCAGAACUGGGGCAUGCAGACGGUUGGCGCAGGAGGACUCCCCCAGUCCCGCAUCAGCACCCAAGAGCGGGAAAAGGAGCGGCGGGCGGAGAACGACGCCUACAGCGACCUCAGCGACGGAGAAAAGGAGGCUCGGUUCGCUGCAGGCGUCCUGCAGCAGUUUGCAAUCUCGGAGGCGACGCUCUUGGCAUGGUCGUCGAUGGACGGGGAGAGCCCGCGUUCGGGUUCAAACCAGGGCAGCGUGGCUCACCUGAGCGAGGUCAACCAGGAGAGCAUCACCAGUCGAGAUCAGAUAUUACACCAGUCCUCGGCAGAGGUGUGGCCUCACACGUACGUCUCCCAGGGCCACUACUGCCUCUCGUCCUCCGACGCCUGGGAACCGACCAACAGCGACCCUUCGGGCGUGGCGUCUCCCCCGGCUGGCUCCUUCAUCAUGGGGACGGACGGCUACGACGGGCAGGCGGCGGCUCACUUCCUGUCCCAGCAGCAGCAGCAGCAGCAGCAGUACAACCUCCAGCAGCAGAGCCACUUCCAGCAGCUGCAGCAGCUCCAACAGAUCCAGCAGUACCAGCAACAGCAGCUCCUGCAGUAUCAGCAACAACAGGCUCUGGAGCACCGGCUGCACAGUGCCAACCACUCUCUGCAGGCGACACCCAACAGCACCAUCCACAGCCUGGUUCACCAAGUCCACCCUCCGCUGGUUGAUCUGUGGAACACGGGGCAGAUGGAAGCCUAUCAGGCGGAGGCCGGAGGCUACAUGGGCGUAGCGGCGGUGGUGGAGGCGGGGCUGUGUGUGCCGGCGGGGGAGGAGGUGGUGGGAACCGAGCACUCCCCGCUGCUGGAGCAGCAGGAGGAGGAACAGUUCAAGGAAGAAGACAUAACGCUGGCCCUGGACCAGGAGUCGGCCAUGUUGACUCCGCCAACGCAACAGGGAGAUGCCUCUGGAGGCAGUAGUCCGGGGCAACCGCCAGCUGAGCCAAUCACAGAGCGGAAGGCCUCUGAUGUCACCUCUGGUCUCAUCCAGAUGCUGGAGGAAAAGGAAGAGGAAGGUGAGGUAGAGGAGGCUGGGCCACCUGCCUCCAUGGCCGCCAACUGAGCUCCUGAUGGUUUAGACUCCUGAACACAAACUAACCUGGGAGUCGGCGAGGGACGAGCAACAUACAACUAUAUAUCUAUUAAUCCGUUCCUUUUCAGGUAUCAAAAACUUUUCGUUUUAAAGGUGAAUUCCUUAAAAUGACUCACAACCAGACAGGAGCUCACGCAACAAAGGACACCUCUGUCUUUGUAAGCCUUACACCCCGAAGGUUUGAAAAAUAGAGUUAAAACAGAGCAGAAGAGGAGAAGGAGGAGGAGGAGGAAGAGCAUUUCCAAAGGGGGGAAAGAAACCAGACUGUGAUGAAGAGGAGGGGAAUGGAAACAUGCAUGCUUUUUCUUUGAAGACCAACAACUCAAACCUGUCUUUGUCUUAUGAUGAAAAUAAAAAUCUAACUUACAUUAGCAUAAUAAGAGGAACAAUUUUUGUAAUAAAGCAAAAAAAACAAAUAGCCAAAAACAAAAAAAAAAAGAACAGCAAGCGAUGUAUAAGUGUGUGAUGAGAUCUCACAGGUUUCCUGAGGGAGAGCUGCUCUGUUUACAGCCCUGACUCAACACAUUCUUCAUUUCUUUCUCUUGGAUCAAACACGUGCACCCUAAUACUACAAAAAGCAACCCGAGCAAUUUCACAGAUGCAUUAAAGAGUCUCAGCAUUUCGGUGAAAUGCAGUUUAACUCGUCUGAAACCCAUUCUCCUGCGACUUUGUGGCACAACCCGGGGGCGAGCCUGCUCUGCUGACUGCACACACCCAACCCUGCACAGAUAAGGAUUGUACUGUAAGAUAGCGAGCUUCCUACUCUGUCUCUCUGUAUGCAUGUCCUUCAGAGUACCACAGAGUACCUGUAACUCUACAGCACUGUAAAAGACUUUGCACUGAACAGUUCUAAUCCCAGGCGGGAGUUCCCCGACGGAGACGGCUGCGUACGCGACUUUAGUUGGGUUUUUCGUCGUUGUGAAAUAUGUUUUUUUUUGUUUUUUUUGUUUUUUUUGCACUAAAGCAAUCCAGCAGAUCAGAGUUUGCCUUUGGACUGUUUGCUCGUUCCCCGCUCUGACAAACCAAAACCACCGGAGCCGCUUCACGAUGCAGGAACACUCAGCUGCUUUGUUUUUCACACAGAUCCUGACACACAGAGGAUGUUGACCACUAUUCUGAAUGUACUGGACGACUGUGGGGGGGAGGGCUGGUCGCCGCUGGGUCACUCAGAGCCACUCCGUACACACGGACAUGGGAAUAUCUAAAUUGUAACCAGCAAUACGCAGAGGAAACACUGGCCUUCCAAAAACAUAAAAAAGACACAGAAAAGACCAGUCCAGCCCUGUCGUUAAGAUGUAAAUAUGGUAUGUAGUAAUUGCCUCUCAGUCACAGUCACGGCUGUUCUUUUGCAAUAUGAUUUCUUUAUUUUUCUAUGCCUCUUGGGUCCCAAUUUAUUUUUUGGGGGGGGGACUGUGCUCAAAGCUUGCUCUGUUUUUGUUUCGUUGGUUUUGUUUACUGCUGCACAAUUAAACAUGAAAUGGACCGAGCAAUCGAUCAGACUGGAAACCAGUUGGUUGAGCUUAAUCAGGUAACAGAACUGAAGACUGGAGGUGAAACAAGACUGGUGUCUUCCUGCUCAUCGUUACUACUGUGAAGCAGCUGCCUGGGAGUGUGUUAGUGAUGUGUGAGGAGAAAUUUUUUUUUCUUUAUUUUCUUCAGUGAUUUAGUUUUUUUUUUUUAGUUUUUUUUUUUUUGCAAUUAAGAAAGUGUAUGUUUUCCCAGCAGGAGUGGGAGCCAAACAGCAGCGGCGAACUCUCUGCUCGCAUCUUUUUACCGUCUGGGAAACACCUUCUCUCACUUUGAGGACUGUGCAAGACACUUUGAAGACAAAAUCUGCAGUUUAUUGACUUUUAUUGACUUGAAUGAAUUUAUUUAUUGAGUGCUUCUUUAUGCAAUGUCGAGGGACAAUAUUUAUUUUUCUACUGCCUUGUUGAGAUCCCUUCCAGUAUAAGUUAGGAUAGGUGUCAGGGCUGUAACGCAGACGUGUUUUGUUCUGGUUUUGAGACUGAUAGGUUGGCAGCUCCUAGCGUGAAAUAACUGAACACUGCCUUGCAAAACUAUUUAUGACCCUUGACGUUUUUCACAGUUUACAUCACUUUUGAGAGUUUUAGUGGGGUUUUAUGUCAAAGAUGCAUAAUUAGUGAUGUGGAACAAAAACAGAAAAUGAAUUUCACAAACUUUGAACAUACUGGAAGCUGAAAGGCGUAGCAAGCAGUUGCUACACUUACGUUCUGUCUUUAGAUUCGCAAAGCUGGAAGAGACAAAUCCUGGUAAAUUUGGUGCUGCAAUUGAAGCAAAAAAUGGUUCUACAAAGCAUCCCUCUCUUCCUCUCUGUCCGUUCAUGCCACGCUUUUAAGUGCAUCAUGUUCAACCACGCACUAGUUUGAGUUUAUUUAUUCCAUAAAAUAAAAAGAAAACCCACACUGACGUGGGUGCCGAAUACUUUUGCAAGGCCUCGUAAACUGAAACCUAGUUUAAAAAGCUGCAAGAACGUCUUAAGAAAACUCAAACCCACUAACAGAACGUCUUUUACGCCGUGACGCACAUUCAUUUAUUUAUUGAACAAUUACUUGGUAGGGAGAAACACCUUGAUGCUGUACAGAGGCUGUUACUUCAUGUAGAUAACUCAUUUAGGAGCAGUAUCUUUUUUUAUUUUAGUUUAAGGCAUAAUAAAGUUGAAGGGUUGAUGCUUUUGUUUGAGAUGAAAGCCUCACAGCUUAGUUGGGCUUGACUGUUUGCUUUUUAAAACAGAUAUUUCAUAGCGGAAGACACUGAUUCUCUUUGAGUUUUGUUGCUUUUUCCCCUUUUUUUAAAAUAAUAAUAAUAAAAAAAACCUUUGUUGAUCUCGAUGAAUGAAUAAAGAGAUAACAUGAAACCAAAUAUACUUCUGUGGAUGUUAAAGGUUUACCGAUCAUGUCUUUGUUAUUAACUUCAUUUGGUUUCCUCCUGUUUUUGUGUGAUCGCCACUGCCGUCUCUGAGGAGUUUCAGUAACUUUUCUGCAGGCAGGAUGGUCAAAUAUCUGCCUCCGACCCUCUGCCUUUCUCCCUCUCUUCCUCUCUGUCCGUUCUGUAUACUUGUAUCCGUGUGUAUGUCUGUAUGUGUACAGUUAAAAAAAAAAAAGAGAAAAAUGUCUGCUGUCUUUCCGGAAAAAUUCACUGCCUGGAACAAUAAACUUUUCACAUCAGUCCAAGAGGGUCUUGAAGCCCUCGAUGCAUAAAAUUUGGAGUUGUGUGGCGAGAACGGCUGUAUUAAAACGAAAAACAAAAAAAAACCCCACGCUGUAUAAAAUCUGAUGGCUUCUGUAAAACGUCUGCAUAAAACUGGAUUUGUCUUAAACGAGGCAGUGUGACUGAUAACACACCUAUGCAUGCUUGUAGGACGGUUCUCACAGGUUGGCUCUUCCGUGUGGUUUCCCCUCUCUCUUCUGUCCCUGGCUCUCUCUUUCUCUCCCCCUGCACGACGCAGCCUCCUUCACCUUCUCCGUCUCUUCUACCCGUCUCCUUUUAUUUUCCUCCUGGUGGAGAAAGAGCAAAUAAACAGACCAAACAAAU